GGGGGAGGGGGGGAUUGCCAACAGCUGAUUCCUCUCACAACAACGUCAAACUUGGUUGGAAACUCCAGUUCCAGUGAUCGGUCAGAUAGAGCUAGUCAGAUAUAGUCCUAGUUCGGUAGAGGAUGGGUCUUGAAAUAGAAAUCGAUGAUCCGACCUUGAUGUCCGGAGGUAACUACAUCAAAGAGGGUCUGGAUUCUGCCAAGAGCACGUCUCUGUUCUUCAGUCCCGGGGAGGAUGAGUGCGGAGCUUUAGCCAGAUGCUUGGAACUAUUCAAGAAACACAAAGUGAAUCUGAUCCAUAUAGAAUCACGAUCAUCAUUUCGCAUCCCUGGAGCUUAUGAGUUCAUGGUAGAAUGUGCCCCAGGCGGGAACCUAGGUGCUGUUAUCCAGAAUUUGAGGAAAACAUCAGCGUACUUCAGUGUCAUCUCCAGGAACCACAAAGAUAAUCGAGGAACUGUUCCAUGGUUCCCUCACAGAAUCCGAGAGUUGGACCGGUUUGCAAACCAGAUCCUAUCAUAUGGGUCAGAACUUGAUGCUGACCACCCAGGCUUCACAGAUCCUGUCUACCGAGCUCGUAGGAAGUAUUUCGCUGAUUUGGCAUAUAACUACAAAUAUGGUGAGCCGCUGCCCAGAGUGGAUUACACCCCUGAGGAGACAGCUACCUGGGGCCAGGUGUUCAAGCAGUUGGUGGACCUGUACCCCACCCAUGCCUGUAAAGAGUUCAACCAUGUAUUUCCCCUUCUCAUCGAAAACUGUGGCUACCGGGAGGACAACAUCCCCCAGCUAGAGGAUAUCUCCAACUUCCUAAAGGAUAGCACAGGAUUUUCCUUGAGGCCUGUAGCGGGUCUGCUCUCAUCCCGGGACUUCCUGGCUGGUCUUGCGUUCCGUGUGUUCCACUCCACCCAGUACAUCCGCCAUCCCAGCAUGCCACUGUAUACACCAGAACCUGAUGUCUGCCAUGAACUGCUAGGUCACGUGCCACUAUUUGCAGAUCCUGUGUUUGCUCAGUUUUCCCAGGAGAUCGGACUGGCAUCCCUCGGUGCACCUGAUGACUAUGUCGAGAAACUAGCCACAUGUUACUGGUUCACGGUGGAGUUUGGGCUGUGCCGUCAAGAUGGGGAAGUGAAGGCUUUUGGUGCUGGUUUGCUCUCAUCCUUUGGGGAACUCCAGUACUGCCUCAGCGACAAACCUGAGCUGCGACCUUUUGACCCUCCCCAGACUGCCCUUCAGUCUUACCCUAUCACAGAGUAUCAGCCAAUAUACUUUGUGGCUGAGAGUUUUGAUGAUGCCAAGGACAGAAUGAUAAAAUACUCCCAGACAAUUCCUCGAGAUUUUGGAGUGAAAUAUAAUCCAUACACUCAGAGCGUAGAAAUCCUCGAUUCCAAGCCCCAAGUACAUGAGCUUAUCCAGAACCUGUCACACGAAAUAAACUUCCUGAAUGAUGUUUUACUUAAGAUUACCAUUUAGUACCUGACUUAGUAGAAAUGUAAAAUAGAUUAUAGUAGAGAGAUUAAUAUGUUCUAAUUUGUAUUGAAAAACUGCAUUUAUAAACAAUAAUUGUUAAUAUUACUUUAAUAUAUGAGUAUUUAAGGUA